AUGCUUUUGCGAAUGCUACUCGGCGUCAUAUCGAUCUCCGCCCCAUCAGCUCUGGCAGUAUGGCCUCAACCGGCCGAGAUAGAGACUGGCAACCACGUCUUAUGGCUAGACACCGCGUUGCAAGCCACCCUCCGGUGCGACAAUGGAGAGGAUCAAUUUCAUGACCAGAACUAUCUUAUCUACAAGAACCACUUGGCACAGAUUCUCGAUUGGAUGUCUCUCCAUGCCCAAGGGUUCAUGGACACGGUGCAAUCUACCUUCACAGACAAGAGCAGGAAUGGUGAGGUUGAUUUCUCUGAGAGCUCCAUUGUCGAGGACGCAGUUCGUGACACCCUUAGUGCCAUCCACGGCUCCAGGUUUGUGCCCUGGAAGUUACACAAACGAAACACAACUUUUGAGCCUGAUCAAAGCGCCCCUCGCCAGUAUAUCUCGCGACUGCAAAUUCAACAGCGCAAUUGCCCACCACCAGAGAGGUUUCGGCCCUCUAGCUUCUUCGACGGGGACGAAUCGUACGAGAUCCUCCUCAACAACGGUACAGCUUUCAUCACGUCCAACAGUAGCAUCGGUACCGUCAGGGGCCUUCAAACGUUCCAGCAGCUUUUCUUCGCGCAUUCGGCCUUGUCGGGUAUCUACACUCCCUUUGUGCCCGUGAAAAUCGCUGAUCGACCGAAAUGGCGCCAUCGAGGUCUGAGUAUUGAUAUUGCUAGGAACCCCUUUGAACCACAAGAUCUGUUGCGCACGAUUGACGGGAUGGCAAUGGCUAAAAUGAGCAGGUUGCACGUCCACGCAACGGAUUCUCAAAGCUGGCCGAUCGAAAUCUCCUCUCUUCCAGAGCUCGCGCAGAAAGGUGCAUAUCACCCAAGCCUGGUUUGGACCGCCAGAAGCCUUCGCGAAGUCCAAAUGUACGGUGCUUCGAAAGGGGUUUCGGUGUACCUCGAGAUUGACGUGCCGGGCCACACGGCCUCGAUUGCGCACGCUUAUCCGGACUUGAUUGCGGCGUUCAAUGAGCUAGAUUGGUCAACAUUCGCUGCUGAGCCAUUGAGCGGGCAGCUCAAGCUCAACCUCACCGAUGUUGACACGUUCAUCUCCACCCUGCUCCAUGACAUUCUGCCCCGAACAGGACAAUACACCUCCCUAUACCAUGUUGGUGGCGAUGAAGUUAAUCUCGCGGCGUACACACUGGACGAGACUGUGAGAAGCGAUAAUCCGGAAGUGCUGCAACCUCUUUUGCAGCGUUUCAUUGAUCACGUCGUGGGUACCAGCAUUCAAUUUGGCCUUCGGCCGGUUGUGUGGGAGGAGAUGCUCCUCGAUUGGAACUUGACGCUACCGUCUGCCGGACACGAAAACCCGACAGCCCAGACACUGGUGCAGGUGUGGCGCAACAGUGAGCGCAUCGAAGAAGUCCUCCAACGGGGCCACCGCGCAAUAUUCGGCGAUUAUCAUCAUUGGUAUUUAGACUGUGGAUACGGCGUCUUUCUUGACCCAUACGCGACCGGCAAGUCACCCCCUGGCGUCCCGUACAACACCUCAGGGGGCUUCUCCAGUCGGUUGAAGAAACCUUUUCUCGAUUACUGCGCUCCAUUUCAUAACUGGCGUCAUAUGUACACCUACGACCCUUUGGCGGGUAUCGCCAGAGGUCUUCAGGAGGGCGUUGAAGGAGGUGAAGUUCUGAUGUGGAGCGAACAGACCGACUCUCAAGACCUAGAUCCGAAGCUGUGGCCCAGAGUCGCAGCCGCCGCGGAAGUGUUGUGGUCGGGGGUGAGAGACGAAUCGAUGCUUGAAGCGGCGACGAGCAGGUUGGGCGAGUGGAGAGAAAGAGCGGUAGUCGACCUCGGGAUCCGGUCGACGCCGGUGACCAUGACCUGGUGCUUGAUGGAAGGGGGUUGCAACUUGUAG